CUAAAUAUAGUUGCAUUUCAUUUACAAUUUCUAUUGCAAAGUUUUCAUAACAUUUGGAGAAGCGUCGCUGUCAAUAAAAAUUUAACAAAAAAUGAUUAUGAUUCAAAUGGAAUUGGAACCAGGAUUUCGCAAAGCAGACCUUAACAAUAUACCAACGGUGCGCAGCGAAACAAUAUUCGGGUUCGUCACAAGAAUUGCCACCAGCGGUGGUGGCGUGAAGAACCAAUCAACCGGCAGUAAUAGCACAGAUGUGGAUUUACUCAUAGACUAUGUACAAGUGAGAAAAGCCGGAGAUAUUUUUGAUGUGCGUGCCGUUGUCUUUCCGGCAGCAAGUGGUGGAAGCCAUGAGUCGCAUGUACGCGUUUCAUUGAAAGUAGAUGAGAAAAAGGACGAAAUUUCAGAGACAAAAUGCGGUAUCUGCGCAAAAAAAGAAUCUUGUCCACAUAUACUAGCUUUUAUUUUCUGGCUGCAUCGCAAGAGUACAGAUACCGAAUCUACGGCAAUACUGGAUUUUUGGGGCAAAGAAACGGAAGCAUUAAUCGAGGAGGAACGUGGCGAGACAUUGCGCAUUCGUGACAUAUUCGCCUGUGACGAAUUACGUCUUGAAGCUGAUUUGGAAGCAGCUGCAGUAAGUGAAAGCGAAGGGCAAGCUUUCUUCGAGGCUGUGCUUGAUGAGAUGGAAAAUUUAGGCUUAAAAGACUCAGCUCUGUACCGUCAUUGUAGAUCGGUAUUGGAAGAGUUCGAGCCGGUGUUCAUACAUCAUACAAUGUUGGAUGCAUCAAACAAUGGUGUAAAGAGUUGCCGUACAUUCGGCCUGCACAUGGAGGAACAAGCCAAACAUGGGCUCUUCGAACGACUUUCAGAGGUCUCAAAAACUAGUUAUAAGACACGGCUUUGGCUAGAAACGCAAUAUAUGCGAUUACGUUGUUCUCUCAUACAUCGCAUCGCAUCGAGAAAAGAUUCCCUAGAUGAUGAAAAUAUUUUGGAACUGCUUUUCUGUAAAGAACGCGAAUUCAAUGCCGAGGAACGACAACAACUGAAGCAACAUAAACGUUUUAUAUUAAAACAAACAGAAAAACUAGAAAACAAGACUUACACUGAAUGUGGUUUGUUGCUUAAUGAAAGCUAUCCAUAUAUUUGCGCAUCGCCUGAUGGAAUUACCGACGACCACAUUGUGGAAAUAAAAGCACCAAAAACUGACGAUGAAUUUGAAAAAUACUUAGAGGGACGUGAAACAAUUGCGCCCAAAUAUAUGGCCCAGAUACAGAUUCAAAUGUAUAUGGCAAACGUGACUAAAGCUUUGUAUUGUGUACUAAGUCCCACCUUUGACACUAACGGUGCCUUGCAUUAUGUCUGGGUACAAGCCGAUAUGGAAUUUGUUGCGAGCUUACUCGGAGCUGCUGAGGAUUUCUGGAAAGAUGUGGUAUUUCCUCGACUCAACAAAAUCUAUCUUGGUGGCCCAUAAAAUAGUGUUUAAAUGUUUAGUUUAUAUGAAAUGCAAUGGAACGCAAUCUUUUCUAACUUUGAAAUGUAAUAAAACAACUAUUCCAAAGCCAAA